UUAAAAAAAAUCUUACUGAGAAAUGGUAAACAUCAUUAUUGUAAACAAAAAAAUAUCGACCUAACAUGUACUAGGAUAUGGCAUCUAAGAGAAUAAUGAAAUAAGGAAUAAAAAAAAACUAAUUGAUGAUGUUCAUUCAAAAACAGAUACUCAGGAUUGUUAGCAUUUCUCUCAGGAGAGCCAAUUUCAGCUAGCGCGAAAACCUCAAAUCCGUUUUGCUUAAUGGGGCGCUGCCCCUGUACCCCGCUGGGGGCCUAGGCGGCCCCCAGACCCCUCGCCUCCUGGGGGGCCGGACUCCAGUGCCGCCUACUCACUUUAAUUCUCCGGCUACUUCAAAUCAUUUUGACAACCCUGCAAGUCAUACUUUUUUUUUAGCCUGGGAACGGCAGACGUUUUGCCAACCAUUAGCACAGUAGAGGAGACUGAGAAACGCCCCUCAGCGGCGAUGAGCGAGGAGAAACGUCUGCAGUUCGCAGGCUAAUGCAAAGUGAACGGUGUUGCUGACUUAUUUUUAUGUUAAAGCAGAUAGUUUUGUAACAUAUCAGUGUCUCUCUCCUUGGCUCUCCAUAUGAACCAUUUGCGUUCUUCCUAGCCUAAAUGUGUGGCUCUUUUAAAACUAUUUCACUACACUAGUUAAUAGCAGCUCAGUCGGUAGAGCACUUUACUAUAAAGCAGUGGGCUUCAAAUGUACCUUCACGUGCCUCGAAUGACCAGGUAGAAUGGCAGAGACUUAAAAAUUAGUUUACUUAAUAGUUAGAACAUUUGGGCUGAAUGCAUUGACUUUUUAAUAAAGUGCUUUUUGUAGCCUCCAAAACAGGCAUUUUGGUGCUUAGUGUUCUUAGUGUAACCUACUGUUAUUGUGUCUCUGGAAUCGCCUUUGUCUAAUCGCUGCGAGGAUCAUCAGUUGCCCGUAUUUUCCGUCUCUGUAGUGUAUCAAAAUUGUAGGGUUUCUUCUUUAACCGAUUUUCUCUGAGCAUUCAGUAUGAUGUCACGGCUUUCCGGGAGAAACUUGCCGAAAAGUAAAUGCUGAUAUAAGUGUUUUUUCAAAGUUAUUUUAUCCUUAAUUAUUUUUCUUCUUUUUUGUCCUUCGUUCUCUGUCUAGUUUCCUCUUCCUUUGCCUAAAGGCGGUCGCCAUAGUGAUGUCCCUAUCCUCACUGAAGAUCAACCGCGCGGUCAGCACCGUCUACCUCGAAAAAGAGAUGAUGUGAAUGUAUUUGAUGCUGACUAUGUCGCACGAGCUUCACCGUUUGCUGCUAAAGACGUGACAAGCCGCGCCUCUCAGCUGGGAUAUCAUUUGAAGAGUGCACACAACAGCAAGAAUCCAAAUGCAGUCAGAAAAAAGAAUUCAAGGAGGAAGAAUAAAUAA